UGCUGCUGCUGCUGGUCCCUGCUGAAGGAUGUGCCUGCCAGGGAUAAAGACGGGAAUUCUGAUUAAUAAUAAGCCAGAAAGAAGAAAGAGCAGCCAGUUCCUACCAGCAAAGCCAGAGGCACAGACGCUAAGCAAUGCGGCACUCCCCGGCAUCCAUCAGCCCUGGCUUCCGCGGAGGUGGUGGCGGCAGCGGGGGCGACAGCAGCAUCAACUCCUCUCAGAGGGAUCGAGCAAGCAGAGAGAGCCGGUGGCUGCGACCCGGGAUGAGGAUUGUACCUCAGUCUCAGCCUCAGCCACCUCAUUCAAGGACAGCCCGCCGCCUGUGCCAGCAGGAAGGGUGGGGACCGGCAAAGCUAGGACCACUGCUGUCCCAGGUCCUUGCCCGGCCCAGCCAUUUUCGCCUUCGGGAGAGGAAGGAGGGAGGGAACUGAAACGCCGGGACGAAGCAGGCCACGAGGGCUGCGACUGCCUUUACCUUUGUGCGCCCAAGCGGUGGCACUGGAGAGGGCCGCACCAGCUAUCCCAGGGCGCCCAGAGCCUCUGGGUCCCGCGCGCCCCUGGGGCUGCUGCCGCCACUCCUGCGCCCGCUGCUGUUAAAAGAGGACUCGGCUCAGCCCAACUCCUGAUUAUCCCAGCAGAGAGCUCACAGCGAAGCGACGUAAGCGCUCUAAGCGCUCGCGCACGCACUCUGCUCCUCUCUCUCUGCCUCUUAGGGGUAGGACCGCAAUUUGGGAGGCAUUCAAAUAUUCUUAGCCCCAAGUUUAGCCUGAUUCAGGUCCCCAGGUCCCAGCCAGGGCUGGCUACAAUUGGUCUGGAGGGACAGCCAACGCCUCCCAGACUCCCGACGCCCCUUGUUCACCCUUUGUGUGCACGACCCCAGAGUGCCUGGUAGAGUAGCCCUUGCUCUUGCUCUGUAAUUGAGGUAGAU